AGGAAAUGGAGAGGGCCAUGGUGGAGCAGUAUGCAGAGCUCCUGGAGAAGGUGACAGACAAAGCUCCACCCCCAACCAUGGAUGACCUGGAUGACGACCUCUGAAGCCCAAGCCCCCGGGACACGCAGGACCAGCAGCCAGCACACACCGACCAGCAGCGCAGGGCUGGGCUGCCCGGGGAAGCAGAACCGCUCCGGACAGUUCCCCACCAAGCGCAGCAGCCGAAUCGUCCGGUCUCCCCGUGCCGGUUAUCCGCACGGGAUAAUAAACUCGAGCUGCCGUCCGCGUGUUUUCUGCCCUGGGGUGGGUGGGGGGGGGUGUCACCGCCUCCCGUCCCGUCGGGUCACCGCCGGCUGCGCCCCCUCACGCCACGCCGCCAGCGCUGUGUGUCCCUCUGCGGCCGCCGUCAGCUCCACCGGCGCCGUGUGUCCCUCCGCGGCCACCGUCAGCUCCACCGGCGCCGUGUGUCCCUCCGCGGCCGCCGUCAGCUCCACCGGCGCCGUGUGUCCCUCCGCGGCCGCCGUCAGCUCCACCGGCGCCGUGUGUCCCUCCGCGGCCGCCGUCAGCUCCACCGGCGCCGUGUGUCCCUCCGUGGCCGCCGUCAGCUCCACCGGCGCCGCCUGUCCCGCCGCGCCCGCCAUCGCCGCCGCCGCGUCGUUCCCCGGCCGCCGCCCGCCCCGUCGUGCCGCGGCCAUGGUGUUCCAGUGCCAGCGGGACAGCUGGGCCCGGCAGUUCACUACCAAGGUGGUGUCGUGCCGGCCGGCGGAGCUGCGGCCCGACGGCGGCGGGGAGCCGGUGCCUGGCUUCCAAGUGGUGCUGGAGGACACCAUCCUCUUCCCCGAGGGCGGCGGGCAGCCCGACGACCGCGGCCUCAUCGGCCAUGUGCCGGUGCUGCGCGUCACCCGGCGCGGCUCCGAGGCCGUUCACUUCGUGCAGGAGGCGAUGGAACCGGGAGCCGAGGUGCUGCUGUCGCUGGAUUGGGAGCGUCGCUUCGAUCACAUGCAGCAGCACUCAGGACAGCAUCUCAUCACUGCCAUCGCAGAACUGCUGUUUGGAUUCAAGACAACUUCAUGGGAGCUGGGCCGUCAGCGAAGUGUCAUUGAGCUGGACACCCCGUCCAUGACAGCAGAGCAAGUAGAGGCCUUGGAGAAGAGCGUGAAUGAGAAGAUCCGAGAGCGGGUACCCGUGGUGGUGAGGGAACUGGCUGCAGAUGACCCCGAAAUUGAAACAGUGAGGAGCCGAGGGUUGCCAGAGGACCACGUGGGGCUGGUGCGAGUUGUUGACAUCGAAGGCCUGGACUCCAACAUGUGCUGUGGGACUCAUGUCUCCAAUCUGAGUGAUUUACAGGUCAUUAAACUCCUUGGCACAGAAAAAGGGAAAAAGAACAAAACCAACUUGGUUUUCCUGGCGGGAAAUAGAGUGCUGAAGUCAAUUGAGCAAAGUCACAGUACUGAGAAGGCUCUAACCUCGCUGCUCAAAAACGGGCCAGGUGAGCACGUAGAGGCUGUGAAGAGGCUGCAGAGCUCUGUGAAGCUGCUUCAGAAGAACAACUUGAACCUGCUCAGAGACAUUGCUGUUCUGAUAGCCCGGGACUUCAAGAGCAAACCUGCUCCAAGUCAGCUCUUUGUGUUACACAGGAAAGAGGGUGAUUCUGAAUUCAUGAACAUCAUUGCUAACGAGAUUGGGACAGAGGAAACCCUGCUCUUCCUGACUGUGGGAGAUGAAAAAGAAGCAGGACUCUUUCUUCUAGCUGGACCUGUCGAAGCAGUUGAGAAUUUAGGUCCCAGGGUGGCAGAGCUGCUGGGGGGCAAAGGAGCUGGCAAACGAGGCCGCUUCCAGGGCAAGGCAACCAAGAUGAGUCGCCGAGGAGAAGUGCAAGCCCUGCUCCAGGAAUUCGUCAGCCGUCGAAGCCCUGAAGCAUAAGGAACAAUUCUCAAAGUGUGCUGCCUUCCCUGCUUUGCAUCAGCCACUCUCCCAGAGAAUAAAGACAUAAACCCC